UUUCAAUAACAAUUAAUUCAUCAACUCAAGAACAAGCAAAGACCAUUAGUUGAUGGUCGUGAUGAUAAGAAUUAGAGGAUUACGCGAUUCCAUAUAAAUUUUAUAAGCAUUGUAAUCCCCGCACAUCAUUGGAAUCAAAUAUUAAAGACUUGACACUAUUUUCUUGUGUUGAUUGUUCGUUUAUCAGGAAGAAAAAUUUAGUUGUUACACACCCACUAGACAAAAAGCCCUAAAGAAGCAUGUCCUCUUCAUCAGGAGAAUUGAAAAUGGCCCUAGCCAAGAGGGUUUUAUCGAGAGUUGGCUCAAUUGCAGCAACUGUCAUGUUGGUUCAAACGAUAAUCCACAACUACAUCCCCAGGGAACUCCAUGCAUAUCUAUUCUUUGGACUCAAAAACAUGUUCACCAAGUUCUCAAAACAGCUAACGAUGGUGAUUGAAGAAUUUGAUGGCUUGGUCAAAAACAAAAUUUAUGAAGCUGCAACAAUCUAUUUGGCCAACAAGUUGUCCCCUCACAUCCGAAGACUUAAAAUAAGUAAGCCUGAGAAGGAGAAGAAUUUCAACAUCACUAUGGAACGUAAUGAGGAGGUGAUAGAUGUUUAUGAUGGACAGACAUUCAAGUGGAUUUGGCUAUGCAGACAAACAGAAUCUAAACACUUCUACAACCCUAGAGACAUGGAUUCCGCUGAGAGAUCUCUAAUAAGGUCCUUUGAAUUGACAUUUCACAAGAAAAACAAAGACCUAGUCCUUAAUUCUUACUUGCCAUACAUCAUGGAAGAAGCAAUAUUGCAAAAACACAAAAACAAGACGAUCAAGAUUCAUACUGUGGGUUACGAAAGGAUGUCUAGUUUACAUGACAUGUGGAAGCCGGUGAAUUUUGAUCAUCCUGCCACUUUUGAGACAAUCGCAAUGAAAGCAGACCAGAAAGAGAUGAUCUUGAAGGAUUUGGAGAGAUUCACGAGGAGGAAAGAGUAUUACAGGAAAGUAGGUAAGGCAUGGAAAAGAGGGUAUUUGUUGUAUGGUCCUCCGGGAACUGGAAAAACUAGUUUGAUUGCUGCAAUAGCGAAUUACUUAAACUUCGAUAUAUAUGAUUUGGAGUUGACUACAGUGACGCGGAAUUCAGAUUUAAGGAAGUUAUUGGUUGCCACAACCAAUAAGUCAAUUUUGGUGAUUGAGGACAUUGAUUGUACCAUCAACUUGAAAGCUAAUUUCGUUAAUCGAGCUAUGCAUGUUCCUUCAAGUGAUUUUCAUCAGUCAGAAAUCACGAUCACCUUGUCAGGUUUAUUAAAUUUUAUUGACGGGCUAUGGUCGAGCUGUGGAGACGAAAGAAUCAUAAUUUUCACAACAAAUCACAUAGAAAAACUCGACCCUGCACUGCUGCGACCUGGCAGAAUGGACGUGCACAUUCACAUGGCAUAUUGCACACCUUGCGGCUUCAAACUUCUUGCUGCGAAUUACUUGGGGAUUAAAGAUCAUAAUCUUUUCAAUGAAAUCGAGGAAUUGAUUGAUAUAGCCAAUGUGACACCAGCAGAAGUGACAGAACAAUUGUUGAAGGAACAUGAAGUUGAAGAUUCACUUAAAGGGUUGAUUAAUUUUCUUCACAAAAAGAUGAAAGAGGAGGAAGAGGCCAUGGAAAUAACUCAAAUGGAGUCAGAUGAUGAGAAGAAAGAAUGCUCCCCUUAAGAGUAGUAUGCCCCCCUUAAGAGUACUAUUAUAUUGAUUGAUGAACAGACAGAAUUAGUUGGAAUUUCGUAUUGCUAUUACUGUAUUUGGUUUAUGAGUGCUUCAGAUAAGAAUAUUUCCUGCACUUUAUUAAUUGCUUCUUCAUGCUCUUAUAAGCUUUUUCUCGCAGACUCUGUAUGUGAUGUUAGUUUCAAAGCUAUGCAAGCAUGACCUCAAACAUCUAGUUUAGUCUGCAUAUAGAUUAUUCCCUCUGUUCUACUAUUCCAAAUGAUUUUCCAAUAAAUUUUGCAUUUUUCUCAAUUGCCAUUGCACCCUAUUUCCCCUUACCUUAUUGUAGAUCGAAAAAAAUUAAUAAUUCAAGAAUCAAUAUAUUGGUUACUAUUUUAUCACACAUUAGGCACAUAACACUAAAGCAAAAUCUUGAAGCAUUAGUAGAAUUAGGAGUUUAUGGAAUUAAAUUUAGAUGAAUCAAGAAACAACCCAAGAAUUAAUUCACUUUUCUAAUGGUGGACUAUUAGAAAAAAGUCUUUAUGUCUGAUUUGGAGACCAUAACCCUAUUUAUAUAACACAAUCUGCUUAUUUCUAUUUUUUUUGUUUAUCAUUGAAUUAGAUGUAUACCUAUACAUAAAAACACAUAUUUUUCUAUGUUGCUCGGAUCCUAAAAAAAUGUAGUCAUACAUGUGUCUGAUUCUUCAAAAGUGCAUAGGUUAGGAAGGGACCAUCAUAACUCGACAAUCAUUUCAAAAAAACUGAAAUUCGCUACGAAAAAUGUUGCUAAAUACUCCCUCUAUCCCUAUUUACUUGUCCAUAUUUCUUUUUAUAUUUGUCCCUAUUUACUUGUCCAUUUUAACAAAUCAAGAAAUGACAACAAUAUUUUUCCUAAUAUGCCCUUAUUUAAUUCUAGAAAAUUUCUAGUACUAUUAAGUUGCAAUCCAUGCUUUUUGAAACCAAAAGAUACAUUUAUUAUACAUGGGGAGUUGCAUAAUCUUUUAAGUUAAGGUUAAAAUUGUAAUUAACCUAUGAUAAUCAUUGGUGUCUUUAUAUGUAUGUCACUUCUAAAGUGGACAACUAAAUAGGGACAGAGGGAGUAGCUCAUAGCUAGUACAAUUUUCUAAUAAUAUGUAGCGACGGAUAUUGUUGUUUAGCUACAAAAUUUUUCCACCUCUAAUCCAUGUAUUCUUAGUAGUAAAUAUCUUUUAAGAGUCCAAGCAACAUAGUUUUUAGUUUAGUCUAAAAUUUUUGAGAUAACAAAUACCAUAACAUGUAUCAUUAUAUAUCGUGUGCGUAAGA